AUGGCGGCGCCCGUGGCGGCGGGAGUGGCGCCGGUUCGCGCCCGGUUUCUGGCCACCAAGGAGCAGUUCCACGCCUUCCUGCGGGCCCGGGGCCAGCCCGGCGGGGGCGGGGGCGAGCGGGAGGAGCAGGGGGGCGAGGAGGAGGAGGAGGAGAAGGAGGAGGAAAAGGAGAAGGAGGAGAAGGAGGAGGAGGAGCCCCCUGCCAAACGGGUGAAGUCCGAGGAGCUCGGUCAGGACGGGGAAGGCCGAGAGGAUGGUGGGGCAGAGGAGAAGGAGCCAGGGGAGAAGAAACGUGCCCGGGGGCAGAACAAGAGCAGACCCUGCAUGAAACCCAACCACUACGAGCAGAACAGGCUGUGCCCCUCGGUGACACAGGGAUGUGCAGAGAAGUGCUUCUUCGGCCGGCGGUGCCGCUUCCUUCACGAGGUGGGCGAGUACAUGGCCACCAAGCCAGCUGACCUGGGCCACACCUGUGUGCUCUUUGAGACCUUUGGCAAGUGCCCCUACGGUGUCACCUGCCGUUUUGCCCAAGCCCACCUUGGGGAUGGUUACCAGAACAUCAUCAACGAAGAGCUGGCCAAGCAGUGGGCAGGAAAGUCGCUGGUGAGGAACAACCUCUCCAAGGAGCUCCAGCAGCAGCUGCGCAAGAGGAGGUUCAGCUUCAGGAAGGCUGAGGAGUAUCUGCGGGGUCUGGCCAAGCUUCGUGGUGAUGGUGGGAAGGGAGGCAAAGCCACAGGGUGUUCUGCAGAGGAGGAAGAGGUGUCCAACUGCACAACCCCCCAGGAGGGGCUGGGAGACAGCCCUGGAUGUCCUGUGCUACCAGAGCGGGGAGAAGAUCCCAAAGCCUUGCAGAGUCCUGGCCCCACAAGUGGGGAGAAGGUUUCUUCUUCCAUCCAGACAGUGGGGCCAGUGACAGAUGAAGACCUGAUAAAGCUGAGGUCAUGUGAGAAGAAGAAGCUGGACAUCCAAGGCAAGCUCUACUUGGCUCCGUUGACCACGUGUGGGAACCUCCCUUUCCGAAGGAUAUGCAAGAGCUUUGGGGCAGAUGUCACCUGUGGGGAGAUGGCUGUGUGCACAAACCUGCUGCAGGGACAGUCCUCUGAGUGGGCUCUCCUCAAAAGGCAUCACACCGAAGACAUUUUUGGGGUUCAGCUGGAGGGAGCAUUUCCAGACACGAUGACCAAAUGUGCAGAGCUCCUGAACCAGACAAUUGAAGUGGACUUUGUAGACAUCAACGUGGGGUGUCCCAUUGACCUGGUCUACAAGAAGGGAGGAGGAUGUGCCCUGAUGACUCGGUCUAACAAGUUUGAGCAGAUUGUCCGAGGGAUGAACUCGGUGCUGGACGUCCCACUGACUGUCAAGAUCCGGACAGGGGUGCAAGAGAAGAUGAAUGUGGCUCAUAAAAUCAUCCCCAAGAUCCGGGAGUGGGGAGCAUCCAUGGUCACGCUCCACGGCCGCUCCCGGGAGCAGCGCUACACCAGGGGAGCUGACUGGGCCUACAUAGCAGAGUGUGCUAAAAUAGCCACCCCCAUGCCCCUGUUUGGAAAUGGUGACAUUUUGUCUUAUGAAGAUGCAAAUCGGGCCCUGCAGACGGGGGUCUCAGGAGUUAUGAUUGCAAGAGGGGCACUCAUCAAACCCUGGCUUUUCACUGAAAUCAAGGAACAGAGACACUGGGAUAUCUCCUCCAGCCAGAGGUUUGAUAUCCUCAAAAACUUCACCAACUAUGGCCUUGAGCACUGGGGGUCAGAUACUCAGGGAGUGGAGAAAACCAGGAAGUUCCUGCUGGAAUGGCUCUCAUUCCUGUGCAGGUAUAUUCCAGUUGGUUUAUUAGAACACCUACCUCAGAAAAUUAACGAGCGGCCACCUUAUUACAUGGGGAGAGACUACCUGGAGACACUGAUGGCAAGCCAGAACGUGGAUGAUUGGAUUAAAAUAAGUGAGCUGCUUUUGGGACCUGUACCUUCCAACUUCACCUUCCUGCCUAAACACAAGGCCAAUUCCUACAGGUAGGGCUGCUGGAGCCCUUUUCCCUGGCAUCCAGUCAAGAGGAGCCAUCAGGCUGGAGCACCUCGAGGAGCAGGGCUGCUCAGCUCUGCUCCAAGAUGAAAUAAAGUUGUAGGUUUUUAAAA